GUUGGGGCGGAAUCUCUGAAAUCUCUUGUAUAUGCUUUGAUUUUUUUUUUUCCUUUUUCCUUUCUUUCCUUCCCUCCUCUCUCCAUUUGUGCUCCCUUUCUCCUCUCUUGUUCUUUCUUUCCCUGCUUACCCCACCCUUCCUCCAGAUCCAGCGAUUCCUGCCCUCUCCUCGCCCUGUCAUUGAUGGGAAAUCAACUGGAUCGCAUCACUCACCUGAAUUACAGCGAGCUGCCGACCGGGGACCCCUCGGGGAUCGAGAAAGACGAGCUGCGCGUCGGGGUGGCUUACUUCUUCUCGGAUGAGGAGGAGGACCUGGACGAGCGAGGCCAGCCAGACAAGUACAGCGUGAAGGGCUCCGGCAGCCCUGGCCAGGAGACGCCCACCCACCACCUCCACCACCAGCUGGUGCUGAACGAGACCCAGUUCUCGGCUUUCCACGGCCAGGAAUGCAUCUUCUCCAAGGUCAGCAGCGACCCCCAGGCUGGGGACCUCAGCGUCUACUCAGUGUCAGCCCUGCCUGCCCUCUGCAAGCCGGGAGACCUGCUGGAGCUGCUCUACCUGGGGCCAUCGGAGCACCCACCACCGCACUGGGCAGUGUAUGUGGGCAGCGGGCAGAUCAUCCACCUGCACCAGGGGCAGAUCCGCCAGGACAGCUUGUACGAGGCAGCCACAGGCAACGUGGGCCGGGUGGUGAAUAGCUGGUACCGCUUUCGCCCGCUGGUGGCUGAGCUGGUUGUGCAAAACGCCUGCGGGCACCUGGGCUUAAAAAGCGAUGAGAUCUGCUGGACUAACUCUGAAAGCUUCGCCGCCUGGUGCCGGUUUGGGAAAAGGGAGUUCAAAGCCGGGGGGGAGCUGCAGGCUGCUGCCGGCACCCAGCACCAGCAGCAAUACUAUCUCAAGAUCCACUUGGCUGAGAACAAGGUGCACACGGUGAGGUUCCACAGCCUGGAGGAUCUAAUACGGGAGAAGCGCAGGAUCGAUGCCAGUGGCAAACUGAGGGUGAUCAAAGACUUGGCUAUAGUGGAUGGGAAAGAAUAGCGAACAGCAGGGGUACACGGCUACAUUCCUCCUCCCCUGCCUGGGGAGACCGGCCUGCCACAGAGACAGGAGGCUGCACCCUCUUUCCGUGGGACGCGACUGGAAGCAGGAUCCAUGGCAACAUUCCAAAAAACCAGCGUUCUUUACACCCAUAGCCAGUAUUUUGUUUGGCUUUAAAUAGCAUUAAUGUUGAAAGAAAGAGGAAGAAAAGAGGGGGGAGGUGCACAAAAGCAUUCUCUGAGUAUGUGGACAAAGUCUCUCCUGUUGAUUGAUGUUGACCAUUCUAGCAACACGCUAAAUAAAAUUUCAAAUUGAAAUUUUUUUAUUUUUAUUUCAUGGCUUUAAUCCAUGAUAAGUUUUAAACAUGGGGGGCCAUGGAUGUGGUUUUAGCUAAAUGAAUUUUUAGCUAACAUUUGCCUUGCAGCCAACCAAAAGCAUCAGUCAUACUUUGCUAGCUGGGAGGGGAAAGGGGAGGGGGGGGGAGCAAAGGGCUGUUUGUUUUGUUUCUCAACACUGUUGCUUCAGCCUGUAGCUGCAACCCAAAUUGUGUCCCAGCCAACCCUAGUAAGAUAUUAAUAGGGGAAAUGCUUUCACAGUGCUGGUUGAAAUUGAUCAUAUUUCAAAUACUUGUCUCUUUUCGCUUUCUGUUUGCAGCCCUCUGCUAAAUACCUUCAUAAUGCAUAAGCUCUUUCCACCCCCCUCUUUUUUUUUUUU